AUGGUAUUGGUUAUGUUAUUACAAACCUUAAUUCAAAAAAUACUUUUUUCAAUAGCUUUGGGUAUUUUAUCAUUGUUAGUAAUUGUAUCAGUAACUACUUUAUUUAUGAAUACUCCUUUUACUAUUUUUGGAAUGCCUAUAUCAGUAUAAUCUGGAGUGAUAACCUUAUAAAUAUUUUGUUUUGUUCUUUUGUUUUAUAUAUCAUUUUGUGUUUAUUAUGGAAUGUUUAGAAUAAAGAUAGCAGGAUGUUAUGGAUUAUAUGAUGAUCAUUAAACUGAUGCAUCAAGUUUGUUAUUCUCAACAAUAAAUUUCAGUAUAGUAGCAGCUCCUUUAUGCUAAAACUUUUUGAAUAUGUUAAGAGUUAAAUAAAGAUUGAAUUGUGAACUAGCAUUCAAAUUUGCUAUGGGAGAAGUAAUUAUUAUAUAUUAUAUAAAAUAACAUGGAAUUUGUACCAAUUUUUGGAGUAAAUGUUAUUUAAUUGAUGCCUGCUUUAUUACUUUUUUUGUGUUUCAUUAAAUAUUCUGA